AUGGAUGCACUGCAAACUCGACGCCGCUUCAAUCGCGCUGCAAACUUGACGGUCAACUGGAUCGUUCUACUAAACAAAACAAGAUUCGAUAUUUGCCUAUAUAUGUUGCAUAGAAUUCGAUCUAUGUCAUGUGGCAGUUUCGGGGGACGAGAAAUGGUAUGGGCGGUGAGGUCAACCCCCUUUCAGCCCGCGGGAGGAAUUUUGGCGGUUGACAUUCCGCUUGGUCAUUCCCAGAGUCAUAAUUUUCUGGAGACAGACAGGACGUAUGAAAGUAAUUGUUUGUGA